UCAAGCAAUGCGCACCCAGGUCGAAGUCAAUAAAAUUUCAACACAUAAAUUUUUUCCGCUCGGUGAAGAAUGAAAUUUUUGAAAUUUUAAUCAAUUUAAAAGAAUUGCGUACGAAUAGUGGAAAUGCAAUUCAAUUGGAGUCGGCAAAUUGAAGCAGUUGAACUUGGCGUACACUUUUCAGCUACUUACAAUCAGCUCUCCUGAGGAUAUCUCACGUGUUUAUAAUCAAUGAUUACAUAUUUUCCGUAAUAUAAAUUGAAUUCGAUCAUCAUUCGUUAAAUUCAAGAGUGUACGAUGACUAAGAAAGAUGCACUUCAGAUUGGAUACGAUUUUUGCACUGUCUCCAACAUCGCCACAGCAGUUUCGUUGGCGAAUGAAGUUGGUUAUAGUAAAUACUACGUACCUAUAGCUCACCCGCGUUUUAAGCGAGAAUUUUGUGAUGAAGAUAUCAUCAAAAGCAAUGGAGACGAUUUUUCCAGAUCUUUAGUCGCUGUUUAUCCUCAAGAUUGUAUAAAUUACAUUGUUGGGAAGCUAUCAGACUACGUUGAUGUAGAUAGCGAAAACGUAAAGUUGAGAAAAUUUAGCGAAUGUACUGUUGAUCAAGAAAUACGAUGGUGUAUCUAUCUUGGAAUUUCCAAUAUUUUGAUUACGUUACCAGUGAAUGGUUCUUUCGUUAAUCUUGCUAGAAUAAUAUAUUCCAAAUUCAAAGCAACUCAUUCUUCACCUACGUUUCUAGUUAAAGUUUCCAUGAUUUCUCCGAAAAGUAGUGCCGCAUCUUACGUUGGCGAUGAAGUAUCGAUCAAUGACUCCUGGGAGAGGUGGAACAGUUUCAGAACGUUUUGCGGUUCAGAAAAAAAACUACGCGUAGCUUUGGAAAUCAGUGAAAAUUUACCGGAUGAGAAAGAAAUAGCUCGAUGGCUGGGCGAACCUCUAGCUUGUGUUUUUAUAAACACUAAAACGUUCCUUACAAAUCAUAAAGGUUAUCCCGUCUUAUCCAAAGCUCAUCAAGACUUGGUAAUUAGUGUGAUGAAGAGACACGUCCAUGUUGUAAUUAGCGGAUCAGCUAGAGAAGAUACUUUAUUGUACUACCAACAGUAUAUUAAUUUUCUCUGGCAAAAAGUCGAUUUUAGUAGCGAGAACACCAGUUUUACUCACGGUUACGAAGAUUUCUUGCAAAUACCUUUGCAACCUUUGAUGGAUAAUUUGGAUCGUUAUACGUACGAAGUUUUUGAACAAGAUCCUGUGAAAUAUCGAGAAUACCAACGCGCUAUGAAAUUGGCAUUGAUUGAUAAGAAAGCCGUAAAGGAAGAAUCCUACCAGUUCAUCAUUAUGGUGGUUGGUGCCGGUCGAGGACCAAUAGUGAACGCUGCAUUGAACGCAGCUAAAGAAGCCAAUGCAAAUGUGCAUGUUUACGCUGUUGAAAAAAAUCCAUUUGCUGUUGUAUCGCUUCAAACUCAAAAAUUGGACAGAUGGAAAGACAGUGUUACUAUAAUCGCCAGUGAUAUGAGGGCAUGGAAUUCUACGGUGAAAGCCGAUAUUAUUGUUUCUGAACUUUUGGGUUCUUUUGGCGAUAAUGAACUUUCGCCUGAAUGUUUAGAUGGCGUCCAACACCUUUUAAAAGAUGACGGUAUUAGUAUUCCAUCGAGUUACAACUCCUACAUCUGUCCUACUCAGACGCACAAAAUCUAUUCAGAAAUUUUAGAUUUUGUUGAUCGAGAAAAACCUCCUCAUCAUAGGUUUGAAUUGCCGUACGUUGUACAUUUACAAACCAUUUAUCAUCUAGCUCCCAUUCAGAAACUGUUCACAUUCGUUCAUCCAAACCACGAAACGCCUAUCGAUAAUACAAGGUUCAAAAAAUCGGUUUUUGAAAUUGAUCAGGACUCCGUUCUUCAUGGUUUUUCCGGAUUCUUUGAUACAGUUUUAUAUAAAGAUGUCAUUUUGAGUAUCGUUCCCGAAACGUAUUCCGAGGGCAUGUUCAGCUGGUUUCCUAUAUUCUUCCCCAUAAAGGAACCAGUUCAGUUACGGAAAGGAGACAAAGUUGAAGUUUCGUUUUGGAGACUUCACAACGAUAAAAUUGUUUGGUACGAAUGGCUCGUGUCGGCUCCUGUUAGUUUACCUGUUCACAAUCCUAAUGGCCGAUCAUAUUUCAUCGGAUUAACUUGAAAGCAUUUAUUCGUGUUCUGUUUUUGUGGCUGUUUUAUAUGUAUUAACAAAGAAUGCAAUCUUUUUCUAAUUUUCUAAUUAUAAGUAUAUUUUUCUUUUUUUCCAAAUUUCGUGGACUUCACUAGCCGGCCUAGUUGAUUAAAAUCAUCAAACUGACAGCGUGUCGAGAUUAUUUUCAGUAGAACAAAAAUUAUACAUCUUUGUAAUUCAAUUAUUAGUAAAUUUCACUCUGAAUAUUUUCUGUAAUAUCAACCAAAUUGCAUAUUACAUAUUGAGUUUUUGAGUUCGA